AUUUCAAAUUGUACUAGUAUAUGCCAAAACAUUUUUUUUCAUAUUUUUUUUGCAGGAGAACAAUUUGUUCAUAUUACUUGUUCCAGAAUCACAAUCUUGCUUUAUUUGACACACGUGCUAGAUGCUCUAGAUAUUUUGAAACGGCAAUGAUGAUAAUCCAUAUGGAUACCUCCCCCAAAAAGACAUUGAUAACAUGACGAAGGUUUGACAUGAAAACCUUGAGAAAUCUACACGCCUCGUGUACAUGAUGAAUAGAGUGAUGCUUCAGCUAUAGAAGGAGAAUUUCUUCUCUACAAUUAAUGUUCUCUUGGUUGCGUCGAAAUCUCACGCGGAUAAGUAGCAGGAAACAACAAUAUUCCUGCGUCCAAAACAGUCGCUCUUUUUUUCCUUUGAGGAAAACAGUUACUCUAUUUUGAAGUUCUGAUUACAAGUAGGAAUUACCUUGAAGUUGUAAUUUUCUAACAUUUGGCACUCACUAUCAAGUAGUAGUAUCGAGCAGUCAAAAGUCGUAAAGGUAUCUCGUGAGGUUCUCCAUGCCCGCUCCCGCUCCACCCCCAGGCCCCGCGCCGGCGCCGGCGCUGGCGCCCGCCCCGGCCGCCCUCGCUGACCUGGCGGCCUCCUGGUUCAUGUCGCUGCCGCCUCCCCCGCAUGGCCGAUCGGCUGCUGCCGCCCCUGCGAAGCUCCCCUCCCCGCUGCGGCCGUCGGAUGCCCACCUGCCAGAUCUAGAUUCCCCGACGCCCGGCGGCUCCGACGCGCGCACGUCCUCCGGAUCCGAGUUCGUCCCCGAGUCGCCGUUGGGUCCUGGCCCGGGCUCGGUCGCUCCUCCAGCUGCGUCAUCCCUGGCGCGCAUUGAUGGGAGGUUGGUGGCUCGCCAUUACUGCUCCACAUCGGUGGAGCGCUCCAGCUCGCCUCCUGCUGCGACUUCAAGGCCAACGCCAGGCGCGUCUUCAAGGCCGGCGACAGGCGCGGGGCGCGAGGCGGACAAGGCGGACAUGACCGGCGGCUGGCGCCUUGUCAAAUCGCGGCGAGGCCCGCGCCGCCCGGCUUUGGAGCCUCAGGCAUUCAUGCCUCCUCCCCUCCCGCUGUGGCUUAAAGGCCGAUGCUGUCGCUGCCUCGCUCCUAGGCAUAAAGCGCUGCUGUGCCGAGAGCCCAUCCGCUGCGCUCGCUGCCUCGAGAACGGUCACCGCGCCCGUGGCUGCAAGAACCGGUGGCGGCCUCUCAGCUCUCUGCCUUGCCUCUCGUUCAUCCCGCCACCACCUCUCCCUCGCCCAUCGCCUGCUGCUCCUCAGGCUCAGGAGCCCAAGUUCGGCGCUGGUCGGGGCUGGCCUCUCCCCAAACCUGCGCCGGCACCGCUGCUGCUCCCCCAACCACCAGCACCCCCUCUGCUGCUCGACACCGCCACCACCACCAUGCCGCCUCUGGGUGAUGCUGCUCUCAGGCCUGAGGAGGACUUCGUGGUCGUCCCUGCCACGCCGGAGAUGCAGGCUGAAGCUGCCCUGCUCUCCACCAACGCCGCCGUUGCUUGGUUCGAAGGAGCUCGGGAGGGUGUCCCCUGCAACACGGUGGCUGCUGCGUUUGCCGCCACCUUCGGCUUCAGGCAGGAGGAUGUGAGUGUCGUCCGACACUACCCCGAGCAGUACCUGGUGCGGUUCUUGUACCAGCACAACUGCGCCGACGCCGUCGACCGCGGCGACUUCCUCGUCGGCAACUCCAGGCUCUUUGUCCGCGGGUGGCGGCUCGAGGCGCACGCAGACAAUGAGGACAUGUUGUACCAUGUCCGCCUCUGCCUUGAAGGGAUCCCGGUGCAUGGUUGGAACAACUACAUCGCCUCGUUCGUCAUCGGUCGUGGCUGCUUGCUGGACUACAUCGAGCAAAGGUCGGUGCGUAGGGACGACACGCGCGACCUCUCGCUCUGGGCAUGGACGUCUGACCCCAACCGCAUCCCCAAGGUGAAGUGGCUCACCUUAUCGGCUCGGGGCCAUCGGCGUCGCGGCCGUCGUGGCCUCCGGCACCGUGUGCUGGUGCACCUUGAUCUGCUGGAAGACCACACCAAGGCCAAGGAUGACGACGACAACCCGCCUCCUGCGGAAAUCCAGGAGUACACUUGGUACCAGCGUUGUGUGGAUGGCACGGUGGGACGCGGUGAGCGCCGUGCCGCCCAGGGCAGAGAUGAGAGGAGGCCACCUCGCCGGGACGACGAAGACGACCGUGACGGCCGGCGGGGCCGUGGUGCUCCACGUCCACGCGAGGGAUGGGGCGCCCGUAUCCGGCGCUCCCUCUCCAAGGGAGCCACUGAUCACCAGCGGACGGAGGGGCAAGACCGCAGCCGCGACCGUUCUGGUGGGCGGCGUCGGAGCGACGCCCCUGCGAUGGCCGGCCUCGCGCCUACUCCUGCUAGCGUCGCGCCCGCCACGGUCCUUCUGGGCUCCGGGUCCACCAGCGCUGAGGAGACCCGUGCCCUGGAGUUGCUGCCGGUGCGUGGGCGUAGCCCGGCACGCCAAGUCUCGCCACGGGCUGUGCGCCGGCGCGCCCAGGAGGCUCUCACGCCGCCAGCCUCGCCCCCUCUAUCCCCCACGUCGGUGCUGCCACGUCAACUCCUCUCCAAGCGAGACGAUCCCAGGGCGUCGUCCAUCUCUCUAGCGGCUCAAAACCCGGCGGUGACACACCUCUGCUCGCCCACGGUGCUUCUUCCGCCUCUGUCGCCGGCCAGGCCGCCGGGCUUCGAGUCGUCGCCCACUCCUCCCCUGGUCUCCAGCGGCCCGGUGCGACGCACCCCCUCUCCGGUGCAAAGGCGCAGAGCGGCUGCGGACAUCCAGCCGGCUAGUGUUGGCCUGGCUGUGCUCUUCGACGAGAGGCCGGAGCCGAUUCUGCCAUCCCCGGCGUCCACGCCGCCGCGUCCACCUGCUGCUCGUCGCAAGACGCUUGCGGGUGUUACCAUCUCCAGGUCCGCUGCGGGUCUCUCCCUGCACAGGACAUGUGUGAAGAACAAAGCCCCUGGGCGUGCCAAGGAGGCGCCUGCUACCAAGGCGGCUGAGCUGCUGGUUUGCCGCAGCCUGGGAAUAGUCAAGAAUGGCGAAGAUGUUACAGCGGCGGCCUUAGAUGCUUUUGCAGAGAAGUUCAAAGACACACUGCCCCCGAAGGUGAUCAGCUCCAUGCGUGAGCUUUUCAAGCUUGAUGAUGUGCAGGCUGCUGGAGUGGAGGAUGCGCUUAUCCAGCACGGCGGGGCUGGCGCCAUCGACCUGGAUGGACCUGAGGAUGCGGCUGGAGCCUUGUUGGCUGCAAUCUGAUUG